AUCAACAGGAAAAUGGCCACAGGAAACCGUUCUACAGUGAUGGAGUUUAUCCUUGCAGGGCUCACAGAUCAGCCAGAGCUUCAGCUUCCUCUUUUUCUCUUGUUUUUAGGAAUCUAUGUGGUUACUGUAGUGGGAAAUCUGGGUAUGAUCUUAUUAAUUGCUAUCAGUUCUCAACUUCACUCCCCCAUGUACUAUUUCCUUAGUCAUUUGUCCUUCAUUGAUCUCUGCUACUCCUCUGUCAUUACCCCUAAAAUGUUAGUAAACUUUGUAUCUGAGAAGAAUUUCAUAUCUUUUCUGGAAUGCAUGACUCAACUCUAUUUUUUCCUAAUUUUUGUCAUUGCUGAAGGUUACCUACUGACAGCAAUGGCUUAUGAUCGUUAUGUUGCCAUUUGCAGUCCUUUACUUUAUAAUGUUCUCAUGUCUCAAAGAAUGUGCUCUGUAAUGAUGUUUGUGGUAUAUUCCUUGGGAUUUUUUGGUGCAACAGUUCAUACUAGUCGCAUGGCAAUGCUAUCCUUUUGUGGAUCUCACAUUGUCAGACAUUACUUCUGUGAUAUACUUCCCCUGUUAACCCUCUCCUGCUCAAGCACCCAUAUUAAUGAGGUUCUUCUUUUUAUUAUUGGGGGAGUUAACACCUUAGCUCCAACUCUAGGUGUUCUUGUCUCUUAUACUUUCAUCUUGUCCAGUAUCUUACGAAUCCGCUCUACUGAGGGUAGAUCCAAAGCCUUUGGUACCUGCAGUUCCCACCUCAUGGCCGUAGGAAUCUUCUUUGGGUCUAUAACUUUCAUGUACUUCAAGCCCCCUUCUAGCAACUCAAUGGAACAAGAGAAGAUAUCCUCAGUAUUUUACACCACAGUGAUCCCCAUGUUAAACCCUCUGAUUUAUAGUCUGAGGAAUAAAGAUGUGAAGAAUGCAAUUAGAAAGGUUAUGGGGAAUUGAGACUUCUCCUCCGUGUCAGAAUUUCUCAGAAGAGAAAAAAUAAACCCAUGGGGAAGUUAUUCUCAACUUUUUUUCUUGGAAUCAUCUCUUUCCUGGAAAGCCAUUCUCUUUCUCCUGAGAGAAGCUGCAGU